AUGACGACGCCUAACGUUCUUGCGUUCGAGCCUGACGGUCGCCCCAUAGAGUUCGCUGUGUGGUUAGAUGAUCUCCAACUGAUCCUCCUGACCGAUGCCAAAGAGGGCGUUUCACUGUUCGAUUACGUGUCUGGCACUGCCGUUGCUCCUGCUGCCGAGGCUCCUGCUCUCGAACGCUCGCAGUGGCAGACUCGCGAUGCUGCUGCACGCCUAGCUAUUAAGAACCAUCUGCCGAUUACUGAGAGCGCGCAUUUCAGCCAGCACAAAACUGCUAAGACGCUGUACGAUGCUGUAAUUGCGCGCUACUCCUCCCCGGCCACUGCAGCCAUAGGUCGGCUCAUGCUACCCUACCUGUUCCCCGACCUUUCCUCGUUCACCACUGCUGAGGACCUCAUUUCCCACCUACGCACUACUGACACUCGCUUUCGUGCCGCCCUUUCAGCUGAGUUCCGCACCGCACCCCCCCCCCCGAUGUACUUCACUCUCUAUUUCCUCGUCACCCGCCUCCCUGACACUCUUAGCUCAGUCAGGGACCACUUACUCGCGCUAGACCCCCCCACUCUCACUGUCGACGACGUCGAGAAGCACCUCCUCACAGCAGAGAAGAACAUCCUCGGUGUUGGUGCUGCUCGUGGCACUCCUCGCUCUCCCCUCUUUGAGGGGUGCUCCCCCUCCCCUCUCACCCCCUCCUAUGCCUCCGCAGCUGCUGCUCAUGACUACCUUGGUGCUGAGGAGGUCGGGGCUGCUUCCACUCCUAGUGGGAAGCGUCGUAGCGGCAGGGGCGGCAAGGGUGGCGGGGGAGGUGGGGGUGGCGGUGGAGGUGGCGGUGGUGCAGGCGGCGGGGGAGGUGGAGAUGGUGGAGGUGGUCGCGGGGUUGGAGGUGGUGGAGGUGGUGGUGGGGUCGGCGGAGGCACUGGGAGCGGUGGAGGUAGUAGCAGCGGCGGUGGGGGAGGAGGGAGCGGUGGUGGGGGAGGAGGGAGCGGUGGUGGGGGAGGAGGGAGCGGUGGUGGGGGAGGAGGGAGCGGUGGUGGCAGUGGUGGUCAGGGCCAGCAGCAGUCGCAGCUCCAGCAGCAGCAGCAGCAGCAGCAGCAGCAGCAGCAGCAGCAGCAGCAGCAGCAGCGUCAGCGCCAGACCCCCACUUCCCAGCAGCUUCUUGACUGCUGA